CUGAGUGGAUAAGUCCAAAACAUCUGUGAGUAAUAGAUGAAAACGCGAUCUGUCAUUGAUGCUGGGGUAUUUCUAUUUAUAAAUCAGGAUGGCCUCUUUUGGCUGGAAACGUAAGGUGGGGGAGAGAGUUUCCAAGACGACAGUGCAGCAGUUUGAGAAGGACUCAGAGCAGGUGGAUGACGAGGAUGUGGGGAAGGAAAGAGUUGAUUGGCUGCAUGUCAUCAAACGGCGACGAGAGGUGCUGCUGGAGGAUUGUGCUGCUAAGAGCACGAGACUAAAGGAUGAAGGAAUGCUGCUCGCCGAGCAGGGAAGGAACUGGGAGGCAUUGAAGAGGUGGGACGAGGCGAUUCAGCUCACACCAGACAAUGCUGUGCUCUAUGAGAUGAAGUCACAGGUGUUGAUCACCCUUCAAGAGGUGUUCCUGGCUGUGCAGUCUGCAGAGAUGGCCACCAGAUUCCGCCCCCUCUGGUGGGAGGCGUGGCAAACUCUGGGCCACGCCCAACUAAGUCUUGGCGAAGUAGAGCUAGCUGUACGGUCCUUCCAAGUGGCAUUGCACCUGCAUCCGUCUGAGCGCCCCCUCUGGGAGGAAGACCUAGGCUGGGCCUUACAGCUCCGGGAGCAACAAAAAGCUCCCCGUGAAAGAGCGAAACAGGAAGAUGAAGCCCGAAGGCUCCUUGUGGAAGCUCCUGAGCUGAAGAGCGAUUAUGAUUUUGAAAGCGAUGAAGUGAUUGAGGCUUGCACAGCCAUGGCUGAUAGACAGAAAAAAUAUGAGGACUUAAAGAAAACAGUGGUUGUGGACGCACGCGGGGUCACCAAAGAGGUGAUUGUCGAAGAUGACAGCAAACCCACUUCAUCCUCACAGUGUUGUUUAGUCAAGGCACGAGGACUCUGAGUGAAAUAGAGGCUGGUUUUGUGUCUCCUCAUCUGUGUAUAUUGCUUAGAUUAUGUAUGUAUUGUCGAGUUGAUUUGGUAAUCCAGGGUUCUGAUUGACUUCCGCAUAGUGUUUAAAGUGUUGGUUCACCCAAAAAUGAAAAUUCUGUCAUUAAUUACUCACCCUCAUGUC